AUGGUUCAUAAAGAUCGGCAUAUCGAUCAACUGGCAUGUACCGCAAGAAAGAGAAGAAAAGACCUUCUAAUACCGUUGAACGAAAGACGUAACCUUAUCGAUGUUACAGCUUCGAAAUCGGAGACUAGUUACUUGAAGGGGAAAGCGAAUUCAUAUUCUAUUUUCAAUCUCUGUCAAUUUUCUCCUCCUCCUCUUUUCUAUUCUUCUAUUCUUCUAUUCUUCUAUUCUUUGUAUUUUUAUAUUCUUUGUAUUCUUCUAUUUCUUCUAUCCUUUCUUUUCUUCCUCCUCUUACCUCUCCAUCUUAGUGCGAACUACCACAUGGACGAUAUUCCCGAGUUGGUGGAGGAGCUUCCGCCCGACUUCCAAAUCAAACCGCUGUAUCUUGCCACCGUGGAAGACACGUCGGCGUACGUCCCAAAACCGGAAAAUAAAGACCGUAUUCCCGUCACCAUCGUCACGGGCUACUUGGGUUCGGGCAAAUCCACCUUGCUAGACACCAUAGCCCGCCAUUCCACGAAAAGAUUGGCCAUAAUCCUCAACGAGUUCGGCGACACGGCGGCAAUCGAAAAGCUGGUGACGGUGCUCGAUUCGGAGAAAGGAGCAGUGCAAGAAUGGCUCGACUUGGGCAACGGGUGUCUCUGUUGCACCGUCAAGGACAAUGGAGUGUUGGCCAUUGAGAAUCUUAUCGAAAACUCAAAGGACAAGAUCGACUACAUUUUGCUCGAAACCACCGGCGUGGCCGAUCCGGCUCCCAUCGCCAAGAUGUUUUGGUUGGACGACGCUUUGUCUUCGUCGAUUUACAUAGACGGCGUGGUAACCGUGGUCGAUUCCUCCAACAUCCUCAAGUGUCUUGAUGACGUGGGCGGCCACUGGCAUCGUGCCAACAAGCAUAUUCUAGCGGAGAACUCUGUCGAGGCCACGGCAGAAAUGGUGGAAAGAGAAAAACAGCUAUUAAACGAAGGCAUCACCACAGCCCAUUUGCAGUUGGCUUUGGCCGACACCAUCUUGCUCAACAAGGUAGAUAAGGUGACGGAAAGUGAGAUUGAAAGCAUCAAAAACAGAAUCAAAACCAUCAACGGCUCGUCGCCCAUGUACACCACUAGUUUUGGUGACAUUUCCUUGGAGAAAAUCUUGGACUUGCAUGCUCUAGAGGCAAACUCAGACAAGUUGUGCAACCUGGUGAGCGUCGCCACAGACUCGAGCUAUCAUGAUGACCGCAUAGUCACGGUGACCUUGGAAACACCUUUCUUCACUGACGCUUCUGGCUUUAAAAAGGUGGAGUCGUUCUUGCAGCAGACUCUUUGGGAAAACGUGGCUAACGGACAGCCUUUGGAAGUUCACCGGGUCAAGGGCAUUCUCGUCUUCAAUGACGACGUGCGUGUCAUUCAGGGCGUGAGGGAUACCUACGACAUCAUCAAAGGAGAAAACUUGCAUCCGGACAUUAAAUGCAAUAAGCUAGUGUUUAUUGGUAAAAACUUGCACAAGAAGGAUUUGCAGGCAGAAUUGGACAAGCACCUCGGCUCAUAG